UCCGCGCGCUCAGCUCUCAGUUUCAUUGACUUCAUGUGAAACUCAGCUCAGCUUUUACUCUGUUUUCUUAUUUUAUAUAUAUAAAAUUUCUCUUCGGUUUCUUUUUUUAUUUUAGUUUCUUCUCGCUUCACGUGUUUCUCUGUGCGGGAAUCGCGGAGCCUCGUGCGCCACCGGUUUAUGCACCGACCGAGGAGCAACAGGAGGUUUCGCCGGGCAGGAGGAGGAUUUAACGAGGACUUGUUCACCAGAGCUGCGGCUCUUGUCGUUCCGUCUGCCCCGGUAACCGAUUCAUACAUCUGGACCGGACCGACCGGAGCUUCUGUCUGACCCGGGAUAUCUGCUGCCUGACCCGGGGCAGAGCGUUUGCUGUCACACCGUUUGUCCUCCAUCAUGGGCUCCUCAGCGGUCAGCGUUGGUUUGCGCUCCAGCCUGGUCCUGGUCCUGGUCCCGGUUCUGGUCCUGGUCCUGGCUCUGGUUCUGGUUCAUCCUGCUGCAGGAUACAGUCUGGAUCAGGACCACAGUCUGGAGUUCAGCGGUCCUCGCUCCUCCAUGUUUGGAUACUCAGUCCUGCUUCAUCGGCACAAAUCUCACAGCUGGUUGGUGGUUGGAGCUCCAGUAGCGAACUCGCCCUAUAGUCCAUCGGUUGAAUCUCCCGGUGCCGUUUUCCGCUGCAACGUCACGUCUGAGCACCGGCGCUGCCACCACAUGCAUGCCGACGUGUCGACGUGUGGGAAGACGUGUGAAGCGGAGAGUGACCGCCAGUGGCUGGGAGUCAGUCUGUCCAGACAGCCUGGAGACAACGGAGGACACGUCCUGGCAUGCGCACACCGCUGGAAGAACGUCUACUACUCAAAGAAAGACAGUCAGAACAACAAGCUGCCCAACGGCGUCUGUUAUCGCUACGGCAGCGACCUGGGAAACGUCCAACCCAUCAUCCCCUGUUACAGAGACCACCAGAGGAAGUUCGGUGAGGAUUAUGGAUCAUGUCAGGCAGGAAUUUCCAACUUCCUGACUGAGGAUCUGAUCAUCAUGGGGGCACCGGGGACGUCUUAUUGGACGGGUUCGGUUCUGGUCUAUAACACGUCCAGCAGAGGGAUGUCGGUGUACCUGGAUGACGAGAACGGAGCCGUCAGCUUUGGAAGCUACCUGGGCUAUUCUGUCGGAGCCGGUCACUUCUUGAGUCCUCUAAGUGUGGAGGUGGUGGGUGGAGCUCCGCAAUACAACCAGAAGGGCAAGGUCUACAUCUUCACUGUAGACGCCAACAUGCUGCGAGUUGUCUCUGAAGUGUCCGGAAAAGAGCUGGGAUCCUACUUCGGCUCCAGCGUUUGUGUCGUGGACCUGAACGCCGACGGUUUGUCAGACCUGUUGGUCGGCGCUCCCAUGGCAACAGGCGUCGCCAGAGAGGAAGGAAGAGUUCAUGUGUACAUCAACCAGGGACAGGCGAAGCUGCUGGAGGUCGAGUUUCAGCUGAGCGGCAGCGACGCCUACGCCGCCCGGUUUGGAGAAACCAUCGCCGACCUGGGAGACCUGGACGACGACGGUUACCCCGAUGUGGCAGUUGGUGCCCCACAGGAAGACGACCUCAGAGGAGCUGUCUACGUCUACAACGGCAGGAAGGACGGUGUUUCACCGACUCCAUCUCAGAGGAUUACUGGAUCCACUCUGGGUCAUAACCUGCGGAUGUUCGGUCAGUCGCUGAGUUCUGGGAUUGACAUUGAUGAUAACGGCUACCAGGAUGUGGCGGUUGGAGCGUUCCUCUCGGACUCGGCUGUGGUUCUCAGGACCCGUCCGGUGAUUCAGGUGAAGGCGUCUCUGACUCUGCCUGAGCAGAUCGACCAGCGGGUGGCGCUGUGUCACGAUCACAAGACUCCAACCGUCUGCCUCAACGUGACCAUCUGCUUCAGUGUGAAGUCCAGGCGGUUCAGAGGACCUAUAGAACUUCAGUAUAAUCUGACCGCUGACCUCCUCCAUAAACCGACCUUCCCUCAUCGCUUCUAUUUCCACGGUAACGGAUCAUCCAAUAGCACAAAGGGACAUCUGAGAGCGCGACAAGGACACCUGAUUUGUAAAACGCAUGUGGCUUACCAAAGGAAAGAUGUGAGGGACAUUUUUACUCCGGUUCAGUUUGAGGUUUCCUACCGUCUGAAGGACACAAACACCCACAGAGGUUCAUCCAAAACCUUCCCUCCGUUGAAGCCGAUUCUGCAGCAGAGUGCAGGACACCACAACACCAUCUCCAACCAGACGUGGUUCUCUCGUUCCUGCUCUCUGGUGAACUGUUCGACCAACAUGCAGCUGUCGACUGAACUUUUGCUUCCACAUCAGCAGGACUACUUCGCUCUGGGCUCCGGACAGACCAUCAUGUUGAAAACUUCGGUGCUGAACUCUGGAGACGACGCCUUCCUGCCCAAACUGACGCUGCGAUUCCCCGACAACAUCCACUACAUUAAAGUGCUGCAGAACCAGGACAACGUGGUCAAUUGUGACGUCAUACAGGAGGCGAACACGACAACGGUGGGCGUCGACUGCAGCGUCUCCAGCCUCCUUCUUCCAGCUAAAUCCCAGCUGGAUAUCGGCUUUCUGUUGGACGUUAACCAGAGCAGCACACCUGGUAACAUCUCCAUUCACGUCAACACUUACAGUGAUAACUAUGAAAAGGAGGAGUAUCUCCAUGACAACUCCAUGAGGCUCACGUUUCCUCUCAGAUAUGGACUCAAUGUCAACAUCCACGGGUUUGUGACUCCCACCUCAUUUGUGUUUGGAGAUGAAGAUCUGAUUCCAGCUGACUGCUACUCUGAGAGAUUCAACUACACAUACAAGGUGUUAAACUCUGGACCCAGCAGGUCAGUGGACACUGUGAUCGACAUCGCACUGCCGAAGAUCCUCACACCUUACGAACACCGACUGCUGAAGGUGCUGGAGUGGCAGUCGUCUCAGGGUGUUUGUUCGAUCAGCGACACGACGGUUUCAGUCAACGAGGACUGUGACGUCCCUCAAGCUUCCUUCAUCAAACAGCUUGUCUUCUUCUUCUCGCCCACAUCCACACGCAGAAUGUUUUGUGGCCGGAGCGACACACUGUGUGAGCGGUUGGUGUGUCGCCUCGGUAACCUGGAGGCGGGGAGGGACGCUACCAUCAAACUGGAGAUCAGCCUGAACCCUGCUGUUCUACUGCAAGCUCCGGGUCGCCAUGGCAUCAUGUUGUUGGAGAGCACAGCAAUGAUGUCGUCUCCCAGAAAUGAUUCUCACACCAUCAUCAUCCAGGAUCAACCUGUAGCACAGGUGGUGGUGGAAGCUGUUUUUACCCAGAAACCCUCCAUGCCGGUGAAGAUCUUCAUCAUCGUUGUCAGUUUAGUUCUGGGCCUGAUGAUCCUGGCUGCUCUCAUCUGGUGCUUGUGGAAGGCUGGUUUCUUCAAGAGAGACUUCCAGAAGAAGCAGGAGGAAUUCAACAGGGACAGCUGGGACUAUGUUCCUAAACUGGACAAAAGAGAAAGCACUACUUAACCCCAACCGCUGCCUCUGGACGUGACCUCUGACCUUCAUACUGUAACUGUACGACAGUUUUAACCAGACAUUAAGCGUGUGCUGACGGACGCCGUGGAUAAAACACCACACGUUGCAGGUGAACGUCUCCAGCACCACAGGUUGGAGUGUGACGGAUGAACGCCUCCGAAGUACACCUGAAUCUGACUGUGACCUUUUAAAAUACUUUGCCAGAUGUGCCUUCACAAAAAAAAAAGACAAGCGUUGAAAAGCGAUGGAUGGAGAAUAAAAGAAAAGGGAGGUAAAGCAGUCAAAAGUGGACCAAACCCUGGAGCUUCCUGGGAUGAGGCGUCACUGAAAGAAACCAAACAACCAAAGAAAACAACUUUCUGGUGAUCUCAGGGAUGGAAACUGGCCUCUGAUUGGCUCAUGACUCCAGAAAAACCUUCCUUUUGUCUGUGUACAUUAUCUUCUACAUUUUCUCCACCUGCUGUCCAUGACACCAGGAGCCGACGCUGGAUGUUGACCAGACAGAAGAAGGUGACGGUGGCUGGGAUGUCCUGGUACCAGGAGGAGAGUCAUACGAAUGCUACGUGGCGUUGCUGUUUUCACAUGUUUCACUGCGGGAUUUGUUGGUUUUGAGUUCAGAUCAUUUAAGGAGAGUUGCACAAUCUGCUCAAAUAAACACGCGCUGAGUUUUUUUUUUUGCACCGAAUCCACCGAUAACAAGUCGUCUUGGUCAUGCUGACUUUUAAGGAACCUCAGAGGAUGAAUUUCUUCCCUCACAGUUUCUUCCUCAGUUUGAGGAAAUGUAGGAAUCAUAUUUACAGUCUUUGGCACUUUGAUGGCAGCUCAUCACAACAUCUCAGCUGUCAGUCACUGUAGAGGAACAUCUAAUCUACAACUCUUUAUGCAGAUGUUUGCAGGGUGAAGGUGUCAGAAUGUGACAGAUCAGACACGUGGAAACAAAAAACAGCUAUAGAUGUCCUGAAUGAAAGUAGAGAAAGAGCAUACAGGUGGGGUAAAGUCUGAUUUAUACUCCUAGCUGGUGCACUGACAGUGUAAAUACAAUGCAGAAGUAUAAAUCAAGCUUUAAGUCUGAUGUUCAGGCUCAGGAAGAUAUUAUAGGAUCAAUAGUAAUGAUCACAACAAUGCACUUAGAAGAAAUUAAGUUGUAACAAGUGUUUUCUUAAUUCAGAUUCUAUACGUUUAUUUAUACCAAACAUUAAAGCUACUGUAGGAGAAACCACUCCACAGUACAAGUUAUAUAAAAUUACUGUUAUAGGGAAGUUAUUUGACCACAUUUCAGACAUCUUGCUGUCUUUAAAAAAUGUUCGCCUGAUCCUGAUCUGUGCUUCAAAGCUUCAAAGGGUUGAUGUCGGCCCUCGAUACACUUAAAGGUCACGUGCCAAUGGAUGGGGGAAUAGUAAUAGUGUCACAAAGUUGUCCACAGAUGCAUACUGGGUGCGGUCAAAGAGUUUUGGGACUGUACUCAUGAAAGGCAAUUAUCAUAUCGGAUUUUAUUUGGCCAUCCAUCUUAGUAGUCUUCACUGCCCCUAGUGCUCCUCCCACAUUUUGAAGUCCUGUUCAGUGAGGAUGUCAAACUCCAACUGCAGUGUUUGCUGGAUCGCCUCCACUGUGUCAAAACCGGGGCACCCAAAAGUCAAAAGAAAUCAACAAAUCCAUGGAGUAAAGUCAUCCAUCCAUCCAUCCAUCCAUUUUCUUCCGUUUAUCUGGGGUCGGAUCACGGAGGCAGCAGAUGAACCAGGUCAUUCCAGACAUCCUUCCCCCUCAGCAACACUUUCCAGCUCUUCCUGGAGGAUCCCGAGGCAUUUCCAGGCCAGAUGAGAUACAUAAUCCCUCCAGCGGGUUCUGGGUCUACCCUGGGGUCUCCUCCCAGGCGGACAUGUUUGGAAAACCUCCUAAGGAAGUCUCCCUGGAGGCAUCUGAAUCAGAUGUCCAAACCACCUCAACUGGUUCCUUUAGAGGAGAAGGAGCAGCAGCUCUACUCCGAGCUCCCUCCAGAUGUCUGAGCUUCUCACCCCAUCUCUAAGGCCAGACACCCUACGGAGGAAGCUCAUUUCAGCCACUUCUGUUCGCGAUCUUGUUCUUUCAGUCAUUAUCCAGAGCUCAUGACCAUAGGUGAGGGUUGGAACGUAGAUGGAUGGUAAACUGAGAGCUUCUCCUUGCAGCUCAGCUCCCUCUUUACCACGACGGUUCGAUACAACGUCCACAUUACUGCUGCCGCCGCACCAGUCCAACUGUUCAUCUCACGCUCCAUUUUCCCAUCAAAGUCCUGUGAAUGUCACAUAAAACGACAGACGUGCUCUCGGUGCUCCUGACCUGAUCACCUUCAUCGGUGCUGGAACUACAGACUCUUCCUCUGACUCAUCCCAGGCUGCUAACUAACACAGAUUGUGAAGUUUGUUCUCUGGUCAAGUUGAAGAUCCACAGUGAAACUGCAAAUGUGCCCCUACUUGGGCUGUUGCAUGCUUGUAUGUGUCAUAUUCCAGCGAUGGGAAGAUAAACUUUACUGGACCUUAAACCCCCGUCAGCCUGAUCUUACUCUGGUUUACUGUUUCUCUGAUCUGUUGUCUGCUGCGUGGAAACAGUUCAUUCAGGGAUAUUUAAAACAGGAAAUUCUUCAAUUGUGCAAAAAAAAGAACGGUGGCUAGAAAACAGAUGGAAGAAAUGCACAGUUCUCUUCUGCUAUCCUCCUCGGAACAACUAUCACGUGACAUUGAGCUGUUUUCCUCUUUUUUUAUGAGCAAUCAUGACACGUCCACACAACUGUUCGACCUGGGGAGUUCUACAAUAGAAAAGAAAGCACAUUUAAUUUAUAAAGCGCUUUUCAAGAUACUGCUCCUCGAUUUUGGACAAAACUACCAUCAUGAAAGUGCAGUUAAAGAUGCACCAGACAGGAAACAGAGCAACGAAUCGAGCCACAGGAUUGGACGAUGGACUACUUGAAAACAGCAUUUUAAAUGUUUAAGAUAAUUAAAAGUAUUCAAAGCGUUGUUUUAUUUGCCUGUAUUCUGUGAAUGCAGACAGUUAAAACAGCAGCUUCCCUCCCCUCUCUUUAUUUAGUACAAAUGCACAUCACACAGAAAUGUGUUUUAGUAUUUUAAUAAAUGUUUUGUUUUUGUUUAUGUGAAGUUGUUCUGCACUGGAGUCUCACUGCUUUUAGCAACACUUUCUAUUCAAAUUAAAGAUUUUCUAUUUAAACAACAA